AUGCACUUCCGCGAUGCAUCCAUCUACAUGGCCGUCGUUGGCUUGACCUCGACGACGGCUCUCGCUGCCGUGGCUCCCUUUGGCCAGUGCGGCGGCGUCAACUACAAGGGCGACAGUGCCUGCGCUUCUGGCUCGCACUGCGUCAAGUACAACGACUGGUACAGUCAGUGUAUUCCCGGUGGAGAAUCUGCUGCUCCAUCGCCCAGCUUGCCCAGCAAAGCCCCUGCUAUGGAGCCUAACGGUACCGCACCUGUCGCCACCCCUGCUUCAUCGCCUACUGAAGACGAGUCCUGCGAUGCUGAUGAGGAGGGCGGCGAUGCUAACACGGACGCAAAAGAAGGGGACGACGAGUCCUGCGAUGCCGACGAGGAGGGUGGCGAUGCCGACACUGCGGGAAAUGAAGGUGAUGAUGAGUCUUGUGAAGCUGAUGACGAACCUGUUCCAUCGCCAUCUGCAGCUGCUAACACUGGUGGCAACACUGGUGUCAAGCCCGCUGUUUCUCCUUCUCCUUCUCCCUCUUCAGCUGCUGGCUCUGGUGGCAACUCUGGUGUUAAACCCACUCCUUCCCCGUCUCCGGCUACCGGCUCUGGCGGAAACACUCCUGCUCCCAACGUUGCUGGCAGCGGCCGCAACGGCGCCAAAUGUAGUCUUGAUGCUGCCUUCAAGGCCAAAGGCAAGAAAUAUGUUGGUGUUGCCACUGAUCAAUACACUCUCAGCGCGGGCAAGAACAAGGAGAUCAUUGUCGACAACUUUGGCUGCGUCACUCCUGAGAACAGCAUGAAGUGGGAUGCCACUGAGCGUAGCGAGGGACAAUUCACUCUCGAUGGUGCUAAUGCCCUUGUCUCCUUCGCCACUGGAAACGGCAAACUCAUCCGCGGUCACACUACCGUCUGGUACUCUCAGUUGGCUUCAUGGGUCACUCAGAUCCGUGACAAGGCCAAGCUCGAAGAGGUCAUGGUUAACCACAUCAAGAAACUCGUUGGUACUUAUGCCGGCAAGAUCUACGCCUGGGAUGUUGUAAACGAAAUCUUUGACGAGCAAGGUGGCUUCCGAUCCAGUGUCUUCUACAACGUCCUCGGUGAAGGCUUCGUCUCUACCGCUUUCCACGCUGCCCACCAAGCCGAUCCCCUCGCCAAGCGUUACAUUAACGACUACAACCUUGACGGCGCAAACUACGCCAAGACAAAGGGUAUGAUUACCCACGUAAAGAAAUGGAUUGCCGACGGUGUUCCUAUUGACGGCAUCGGCUCCCAGUCCCACCUCAGCUCCCCAGGCACCCUUUUCCCCAUCUCUGGUGUCCCUGCUGCUUUGCAGGCUCUUUGCGAAGCCGCUCCCGAGUGCGCGGUAACUGAGUUGGAUAUCAACCACGGUAAGCCCGCUGAUUGGGUCACCGUCUUCGACGCUUGUGCCGAUAUCAAGAACUGUGUCGGUGUCACUGUUUGGGGUGUUUCUGACACCAACUCUUGGAUCGGUGCUGCCGGUGGACCUCUCCUGUUUGACGGGUCCUUCACGGCCAAACCGUCUUACAACGAGCUUUGCUCCGCUCUCGCUUAA